UUCGCCUGGAUCAGCUCUCUGGCCAGCCCACCACUGUUGCAUCCAAAUCACAAGCCAGCCGCAAGGGUAGAAAGACAUGACAUGAAUACCCUGAGCUUGCCCCUUACCAUCCGCCGCGGGGGCUCUGACACCAACCUCAACUUUGACGUCCCAGAUGGGGUUCUAGAAUUCCACAAAGUCAAACUCAGCGCGGAUAGCUUGAAACAGAAGAUCCUCAAGGUCACCGAGCAAAUCAAAGUUGAGCAAACAGCACGGGAUGGGAACGUGGCUGAAUAUCUGAAACUCGUAAACAGCGCAGACAAGCAGCAGGCUGGGCGCAUUAAACAAGUCUUUGAGAAAAAGAACCAGAAAUCCGCCCACUGCAUUGCCCAGCUGCAGAAGAAAUUGGAGCAGUAUCACAAAAAGCUUAAGGAUAUUGAACAAAAUGGAUCCUCCAAAAGUGCUAAGGAUACUUCCAAGGAUAACUUGAAGGAUGCUCAGCAUGGAAAGCUUCGUACGUCCGGGCACGGGACUGAGAGCAGCAAGUCGGGCGUGCCAGGUGUCUCCUUGACACCACCUGUCUUCGUUUUCAGCAAGUCUAAGGAGUUUGCAAACUUGAUCCGAAACAAAUUUGGCAGCGCAGACAACAUCGCUCAUCUCAAAAAUACCCUGGAUGAAUUUCGGCCAGAAAGCAGUUCUAGAACAUACGGUGGCAGCGCUACCAUAGUGGCCAAGCCAAAAUAUGUCAGUGAUGACGAAUGCUCGAGCGGUACCUCUGGCUCUGCAGAUAGCAAUGGGAAUACUUCCUUCGGAGCUGCUGUGGCGGGCACCCUGGACAGCCAAGGAAAACUUUCCAUGAUUUUGGAGGAACUAAGGGAAAUUAAGGAGACACAGUCUCAACUAGCUGACGAUAUUGAAAAUUUAAAAACACAGUUUAAAAGAGACUAUGGCUUUAUUUCUCAAAUGUUACAGGAGGAAAGAUAUAGAUAUGAAAGAUUGGAAGACCAGUUAAAUGAUCUGACUGACCUUCAUCAACAUGAGACAGCAAACUUGAAACAAGAGCUAGCCAGCAUAGAGGAGAAAGUGGCAUAUCAGGCAUACGAGCGAUCACGGGAUGUUCAGGAAGCCUUGGAAUCGUGCCAGACCCGAGUUUCCAAGCUGGAGCUCCAUCAGCAAGAGCAGCAAGCACAGCAGUCCGAAACGGUUAAUGCCAAAGUGCUCCUGGGGAAAUGCAUAAAUGUUAUCCUGGCCUUCAUGACUGUCAUCUUAGUAUGUGUCUCUACUAUUGCAAAGUUCAUUGCGCCUAUGAUGAAGAGCCGUUUCCAUAUCAUCUGCACUUUUUUUGCAGUGACGCUGUUGGCAAUAUUUUGUAAAAACUGGGAUCAUAUCAUUUGUGCCAUAGAACGGAUGAUUAUACCAAGAUGAAGCUGCUGGUCUGGCUGUUUUGUUGUUCUUUUCUCCCCCUCCUUCCCUGUUUUCUAAGAAGUGCUGUGCAUAUACAAGCUGUU